AUGAAAUUCUUAGGAAAACUAGCUGAUUUGUUAGCUGAUGCUGGACAUGAUGUGGUAAGUUCACAAUAUUUUAUUGAAAGUCAAGAAAAACCGGAAUACUUAAGUAAUUCCAAAAAUGUUUUUGUUUUCAGACAGUUCUUCAAUAUUACAUUAAGCCAAUGAAUAACACAGAAAAAUUGAUAAAAAACAAAAAAGUGGAGAUAAUUCAUUAUUUUCCGGAUGAUUUUGAUGAAAUAUCAGGAGAAGAUAAUAAAGAUAUUGGAUUUUGGGAUGAUCCAAUAUUCACUGAUCCUUUGAUCGGAAGUCUUGUUAUUCCCAAAAUGUUUGCGAACCAAUCAAGAUCAUGUGUUCAAAGUUCGUUCAUUUUUUGUGAAAAUAUCAUGACAAUAACAUGUUUGGUUUUGCAGAAUUGCUACAAGAUGAUGAUAUCAAAUACAAACUACAAUCUAAGAAAUUUGAUGCUGUUAUUGCUGAAACUUUUGAAAUCAGUGGAUUUUGUAAGUUUCCAUAAUACAUUUAUUGUGAAAAUAAUCCAUCUUUCAGAUGUUGCUCAUUUAAUCGGAGUGAAAUCAGUAAUAGCUGUCAUGACAUCUGUCAGAUUUUCCGGUGUCCAAUAUCUUUUCGGUCAACCGAAUAUUCUAGGCUAUGUUCCUGGCCCAUUCUCAAAAUUCGGGAAAAAUGCUGGAUUUUGGGAUCGAUUGAAUGAUGCUUAUUAUGCUUAUUUUGAAUCCGAGAAAGAAUAUUAUUUAUGUGAACAACAACAUGAAUAUUUUACAGAAGGACAAUUAUCUGGAAUAUUUCCACAUUGGACAGAAUUAGUUAAAAAAUCAACUUUUUAUAUAAUAAAUUCAAAUCCUUAUUUGGAUUUUGCAGUUCCAAGUUCUCCAAAUAUGAUUUAUGUCGGAGGAAUGACGAUUGAUAGAAAUAAGAAGAAAACUGAACAAUUAUCAGAAGAAUAUUUGAAUAUUUUAAAUGAAAGAUCAGCUACAGUACUUAUAUCAUUUGGAACUGUUGUUCGAGCAUAUGCAAUGCCAGAUAGUUAUAAAUUAGGAUUAAUUGAAAUGUUCAAAGCAAUGCCAAAUGUCACAUUUAUUUUCAAAUAUGAGCAAAAUGAUGAAAUGUUGGAAAAAGUGCCGAAGAAUGUUUAUUUGAAGAAUUGGAUUCCUCAAACAUCAAUUUUAGCUGAUAAACGUGUCAAAUUAUUUAUAACUCACGGAGGAUUAGGAAGUACAAUGGAAGUUGCUUAUUCAGGAAUACCAUCUCUUAUGAUUCCAUUAUUUUCUGAUCAAUUUAAUAAUGCAAUGAUGUUAUCCAGACAUGGUGGAGCAAUCACUUAUAAUAAGUUUGAUCUUCCAAAAUCGGAAAAACUGAUUCCAAUCGUCAAAGACAUGGUUGAAAAUGAAAAGUAAAUUUAUCUUUAAACUUUGAACGUAUAUACAGGGUGUUUCAUAAAUAGUGUUACAACUUGCACAGUCCACCCCGGGAAAGGCAAAAGAUCAAAACUCAAUAUUUUUGACACAAACAUAGCCGAACGUGGUUAUGACAAGAUUUGAACAUAAAUAAUACCUCAUUUCAACCUUCACACCAUUGCCACCAGCUCAAGUGUGCCGGUGGAGGGUCACUGUGGCACGCACGAUUUUUUUCGUUCAAAGAGAGUCUUUAUUUUUGGAAUUGGUGAUUUCCGGAAAGUUAUUUUCGAAAACCCUUUUUGACGGGUUUAUUUCGUUAGUUUAAACGGACAAAGUAACAGAAUCACAUCUAGACACUUUACCGGGGGGUUAAAGUGACCCCACUUUUCGAAAUUUUCAAAAAAUAAAAUUGAGUUUUUGAAUUUUUGUGGAAAAAUAUGAUUUUUUCCACUCAAUAUUUGUUAUUUCUGUAUCACAAUUGUUUUUCAUCCUAUAAAUGGCUAAUUUGACCGAUUAUAUCAACAUUUCAACUUGAUUUUAACGAUGUUUUUGUCGGAAAAUCGGAAAAAUUCGAAGUUUCAGUUGAAAUUGAAGAUCUUCUUCUAACUUCGAGAAAACAAUCAUGAAUUUCUGGAGAUUUUUGAAAUUUUCACUAAAACAUUGUUUUCAUUAGAAAAUAUCAUGUUGAGCCAUAAAACUCAGAAAAACUGAAGAUUUCCUGGCUUUUCAUUUUUGGGAAGACCGUCGUGCCAGAAAAUGAUUUUUAAAAAAAUUGCGUUCUGUUUACACGUCAUAAACAUAGUCCAAACUACGUUAUUGUCAAAUUUACAUGGAUAGCUCUUGUAGAGGAAGAAAAAUCCUACAUUUUUGUAAUUAUGAGCAAAACCAUUAGGAUUACCCAACUUUGACAAAACUGAUCUAAAGAUGAACAACUCUUGUAACACUAUUUAUGAAACACCCUGUACAUUACACAGUGUUUUACAGAUACAAAAUCAAUGCAUUAAAACUUCUCGAUGUUUUAUUAAAUCAACCCAAUGAUCCAAAAGUAACAGUUCUUAAACAUAUCGAAUUUGCUGUCAAAUUUCCAAAUUUCAAAACAUUAGCGCCAGACAUUCUAUCAUCAAAUUUCAUUGGUUUUUACUAUUUGGAUGUUUUUUCAUUCGUCCUUGUUUCAAUAAUUCUUAUAGUAUUUUUAAUUGUCAAAUUGAUUUCAACAAUUAUAUCAAAAUGUUUGAUUGGUAAAAUGAAAAAAGAUUAGACUUUUCAAUCUGUGUUGGAUAGAAAUGUAGUUUCUAGUUAAGACCACUGCAAUUUCAUAUCAAUUAUUAUUUCUACAGUAUCAAGAAAGCACUACAAACUAGGAAAACCACGGUCAGUUAUGAGAAAUGUAUAUAAAAGGGUUGUAAGAAUGAUGAGAUGAAAUAUUGAGAUAUUAUGAGACAAAUAACAUUAUUACUGUUGGUCUUAUUAAUUGUCAUCAUCAAGCAUGUAGAUUCUUAUCAUUAUUUGAUUAUGAAUCCAGUCUUUGGAUUUAGCCAUGUUAAAUUCCUCUCAAAAAUUGCUGAUACAUUAUCAGAUGCUGGACAUAAUGUGGUGAGUUUUGUUAAACUAAUAAUUAAUUUAAUUUGAUAAACUGAUCAUUUCUAAUUUACAGACCGUUUUGCAGUAUUACCAUCUUCCUAUGAAAAACCUGGAUAAUGUGAUCAAGAAUAAAAAUGUGAAAAUAAUUCAUUAUUUUCCUGAUAAUUUCGAGGAACUGAAGAAAGUUGGGGAAAAUACAUUUCCACAAAUUUGGGAUGGCGCGUUCUUCACAAAUCCAGUUUUGGAAUGUUUAGCAAUGCCAAACUUGUUAGCUGGAGAAUUUGAGAAAAUGUCAACACGUGAGUAAUUAAUUAUAAAUUUGAAUUUACUCCGACAAUUGUGAGUUUUUUACAGAAGUUUUGAGGGAUAAAACGCUUCAUGAAACAUUGAGAAAUGAAAAAUUCGAUGCGGUUAUCGUCGAGACUUUCGAUACAGCUGGAUUUUAUAUGGCUGAUAUUUUGAACAUCCCACCAAUUGCAGUAUUUUCGGCAGUAACAUUUGCGAUCAGAAAAGAAUAUGGCGAAGGAUCAACAAUUGGUUAUUUACCAAAACAUUUCUCAAGAAUAGGAACAGAAGCUUCUAUUUUUGAUAGAUGGAACGAUUUUUAUCGAACGGUUUUGUUUCAAAUCGGAAACUAUCGACUAUUUGAUCUACAACAUAAAGCAUAUUCAAAGGCAGUUGGAUAUGAUAUCGCAAACUGGAGAGAUUUAAUCACACGAUCAACAUAUUUCUUUGUCAAUGCUAAUCCUUAUUUAGAUUUUGCAAUGCCAAAAUUAGAAAAUAUUGUGAAUAUUGGAGGAUUCACCGUUAAUAAAAACAAAACAAUUCAUCAAGUUUCUGAAGAAUAUGAAAACAUUUUGAACGAAAGAUCAUCUACAGUUUUGGUGUCAUUUGGUUCAGUGGUGAGAUCAUAUGAAAUGCCAGAAUAUUUCAAAAAGGGAUUGGUCAAAACAUUUGAAUCUUUGCCAAAUAUCACUUUCAUUUGGAAAUAUGAAAAGGAUGAUUAUUUCAAAAAUGUAGUGCCAUCAAAUGUUUAUUUGAAGAAAUGGAUUCCACAAGCUGAACUACUUGGUGAUAAACGUGUUAAAUUAUUUAUAACUCAUGGUGGAUUGGGAAGUACAAUGGAAGUUGCAUAUGCUGGGAAACCUGCAUUGAUGGUAAGAAUAAUUGUUAAAUAUAACUUCAACAAUUAUUUAUAUUCAGGUUCCUUUAUUCGGAGAUCAAUUUCACAAUUCAUUAAUGUUAGAAAGACAUGGAGGAGCUGUUGCUUAUUCUAAAUUCGAUCUUCCAAAUCAUAAAAAACUCACAUCAAUUCUUCAAAAUAUGAUUGAUAACCCGAAGUAAGUUCUUUGACUAUUCUAUCAUUUUCAAUUUAAGAUUAACAAAAAAAAACAACUCUUCAGAUAUGACAUCAAAGCUACAGAACUGCUCAAUGUUUUGAAAAAUCAACCAAUAGAUCCAAAAGAAGUUUUGAUUAAACAUAUGGAAUUUGCUGUCAAGUUUCCAAAUUUAAGAAGUUUGAUUCCGGAAAUCUCAAAAACAGGAUUCAUCUCAUAUUAUUUUUUGGAUAUUGGUCUAAUUGUUAUCUCUUUAAUUAUUUUCACAUUGAUCUCCGUUUUCUAUAUUUCUCGAUUUUUCUUUUCAAAAAUUGUGAAAAUCGUGAAAAAAGAGAAAACUAACUGA